CACAACUUCAUCAUCGCAGUCGUCACCAAACGCCGAGUAUAGCCUCAGUCCUAUUCUUGUUUAUAAGGUAGCCCAGAAUCUCCAUGGCGUUGCUCUACCAUCGUGUAGCUUGAUUGACCACAACCAUAUGAUGUUUUCCUCCCUCCCUUUCGAAUUGUUACGCAAAAUCGCCUCUCUGCUCAGCCUUGAAGAAAACAAGAAUUUGCGGUUGACUUCCAAGAAUCUCUGCCGUCUGGCCACUCCUCUAGUAUUUCAAACAGUAUCUCUAUAUCUCAAUGACGACCGUCAUUACCAGAGAUGCAUGUCAUUGCUUGAGGCAUUGGGCACCCCAUCUUACUUGACUCAGCACAUAAAAACUCUUUUUAUCGAUGGGUCUUUCAACCCACCUUACGGAAAAGGUGGAUUUUGGGAUAAAAUAAUGAACAGAAGGCGCCGUGCUAUUUGUUUGAUUGAGAAGCGCCUUCUCAGGGCUAUGCCCUCUCUCGCCUCUUUGAAAUCAUUGUAUUUCUCUGGCUUUUAUCCGGGAGAGCUGAGUCCGGAUUCAGUAAACGCUAUAAUGCUCGCUCUGAGCAAUCUUCCCCUUCUUUCUCUUCUCGACAUCAAUUUUCACCGUGGUCGAACGUCAUAUUUGGACUUCCAUGAUCUUGAUAGCAUCACCUUCACUGUUGGAGAGCACAUGCUGCAUGUUGUCCCUUCCCUUGUAGCCCGCAGUCCAAAUCUAACGCGAUUACGGCUGGUUUGUUCUAAACAAGAGGGAGUCGUGCCUGCCCUGAGCGUCUUUUCUGGCAUUCAUAAAGGAAAGCUCAGCCGCGUAGAGCAGCUAACCUUGGAGGGCGCUCUCAUAUUGCCCACACAUGACGUUCCAAUAAUUGUACCGCACCUUCGCCAUUUGACUUCCCUCCGGAUCCUCAUCACCGACGUUGCUGAAGAAUUUUGGUCCGCUCUACGGAUUGAGAUGAUUCAUCUAGAAGACGUAUCUGUGGACAUUGUGAAUGAUGCCCUUCUGGAGUACCUCGGGUCGUACUCUGGCUCCAGAUCCAUGAUGCUUAUCACGAGACAGGAAGACGAUAACGGCUCCUCCCAGUUCUGGAAUAGUAUCCUUCCCAGACAUGCUGAUACCCUUGUGGAACUGUACGUUCUACCCGAUCACGCCGGCGGAUGGUGUCUUGACAAUAAAUCACUCAAUUAUAUAAGACUGUGCAAGCGUCUUGAGAUCCUUCGGGUCAAAGUCGAUCAGGAGACACUGGAUGUCAAGGACGGAACCAAUAUAAUCGUAGGUACCAAUGUACAGAUACAUGUUUGACUACUUACCUCCACUUUUCAGACCCGAAUUCUAGAAAAUAUCCACGAGUGGCCUUGUCUGAACAGUCUUGAUUUUCUUUCCAUUCCCCCGCCCGUCAUUUCCUUUGAACCAAGUAACGAUGACUUUGGUGCAAUUUGGAAGAUUGUCGUUUCAUUUCGUUGUAUCAAGCCCACGGACCAAGCUCUUUGUCUGAAGGUAUCCAUCGACUACGCCGAUUAUCGUCUGUCGAGGCGUAAGUUCGACCUUGGAGAAUAUUCAUUCAGAAGGGUUCAUAGAUUGUUCCGCUUCGGGCCUCCUUCCAAUGAGGAGGAAUUCUACUCCCCUUAAAUGUAGACGCACUAUGUCUGUCCAUAAUAUGUAUGCUUAGUACAUCAAAAUGAAAUCUCUCCUCCUUGAUCA